GGAAUAAUGUCGAGGUUUAAAUUGAUGAAGAAGAUUUUUUUGGAAGCUUUUCAAUGGACAGCAUUUGCAACGCCAAUUUUUAUUAAUGGGCAAAGAUUAGCUGCGAAAGAGUGUACUCCAGAACUUGGGUGCGAUAACACGGAAUAUUGGUUACUUAUAGCUGGAAUUAUUGCUUAUGUCACAGGAAUAACGCUUGUUCUGUGGCUUCCCGUUAAAAUUUUUAUUGUCUGGAAAAAAGUCUUCCGGCCAUAUGAGGAUUUAUGGUUUCCGGGAAACCUUUUAUAUAUUCUAUUUUCUGCAAUACCAUGUGUAGUUUUUGUUCUGAUUGCUCAUGAGAAUUGUGGGAAUAAUGCUGGCGAAGAUUGUUUCGAUUAUUUCAGAGGAGCUCCCAUCGAGACUUUUGUGAUUAUGAUGGUGGUUACAGAUUGGUCGGAAAAAUUUCGUUACAUUAGAUUAAGAGCUUCUGAUGACACAAUGCGAAAAAGCAAAUAUACUUCAGCAACAGCUUGGAAUAAUCGAACAGGAACUAGAUCCGAUGAUGCACUAGGGAUAGGUAGUGGAGACCAAUAUGCAUCCAGUCGGCGCAGCUCUAUUUCACACAGUACUCUGUUGCAUCCAAGUGUGAGAAAUAGAAACAGAUUUGCAAAAAGUUUCAAGUGGAUAGAUGCAAGACCUGAGAACCUCCUUCGUGACCUCAUGCUUGCAUAUGACGCGCGACUGUUGCUGGAUAUGUCUCUGGUAAAAUUUUCAUCUGAAACAUCCCAUGAUGUUUUUGAGACAGGCUGGGUAUAUCCAAUUUACAUAGUUGCUACUAUAGGACUUCUUCCACUUGUAUUGACGCCAAAUUCGGACAUGAGGCCGUCUUUCACAGUUUUGCUACAAGAUAUUCCUUUCUUUAUACUUCGUGUGUCACUUUUUGGAUACUUUGGGUCGGAGUUGGUUUUAAACUCAAGCGUUCUAUUUUUGCUGAAAAACUUUUUUGUAGCUUUUGCUUUCGUGUACUUUAACGUUGUACUGCCAUGGCGAAACGGGAAGAAACAAAGACAUGAGUACAAUAUGGAUACGAUUGGUGGUGAUCAAAGUACAAACAAUCGCACAGUACGUCGAACUACUUCGGAUCCUGAAGUUCAAACCACAACAUUUGGGGCUGAGGAACACGACGAACGAUCAGCAUAUCCGCUGCCUGGAUAUUCUAAUCCAGGUUAUACGUCACAAUAUGGACGAGGAUCAUCUCACGUGCGACGGCAAUAUUCCUCUCGGAGUCCAACACAUCCACAGAAUAUUGUACAACGACAACAGUCUACUAGAAGUCAAAUUCAGCCAGAUGUGCACAUGCAAGACACACGGUACGUUAAUGCUUCUCAAUUUGAAAACGACUCAGCGCAGUAUGCGACACUUCACACUGCAGAAUACCACGAACCCCAAACAGCCCACGUUGAGAAUUUUCACCAUGUUGCACACGAAGCGUACGUUGCAGAAGCAACAGUUCCAGAAUUUCAAGAGUUUCCGGAAGACUUGUCAGAACCUGAACAAUCUCCACCUCAGAGCAACGAAUCUAUUCCGAAAGUUAUUGACUACGACACGCUGCAUAAUCCUCAAAGUUUCUUAUAUAAUCAAGAUGCAAACAGAAGACCAGAAAUUCACGAAAUAAACUUUGAAGAUCCUGCCCCGAAAGCAGAGGAAACACCACGAGGAGAAAAUGCUGCGCCAGACCCACACCCACCUACCACGAGUCCCCCCAAAACAGAGGAUAUACUCCGAGAAAGCGAACAGGUAACCACUGGAAAAAACAAUGAAACUAACGUACCACCUCAGCAGCAAGAACCAACGUACUCUCAGGUUGAUUACUCCAGAAAGUCUAGAAGGAAAGCUCCUCCUCCCCCAACAAAACCAAAUACUGGGAAUAAAUCUAGAAACGCACCGCGGCCACAGCACUUUCCUCCACCUCCACCUGAGAUGCUUAUCAAUGGAGAAAAACCAAUAUCCAACGGAGUUAUCAGUCGAUCUUCCAGUAAAAAAUACGAGCAAAACAAAUCCAUGUCACCAGACGUUGCCCAUAUGCUGGCAAUGGAAGCUGUGAACGCUGUCGAUGAAGCUGUUAAUUAUGGAUCCAGAAUAGGAGAAGACUGGAGCGGUAGCACAACCCCGAAAAGUACUUAUAGUAUGCGCCAUCGUUCGACGAUGAGCACUGCGAAGCCCAAUGAUGAAGACUAUGAUAUACGAUUGUAAGGAUUAUGUGGGAAAUACGUUUGCUGAAUGUGAAUUAUAUAUGCAUAGAACGUUUUCACUUAAUGCAUGGCUUGAAAUAACUCGGGAGCAUAAUAUUUAUGCCAAGCUUAUACUGGCCAUUAUGCCAAACUAAGAUACUUGCUAUCGGAUGAUUGGCAAAGGGGGAAGAAUUGGAUCGAAAAAAAACGCGAAGAAUUGUUGGAGAACACCAGCAGGCUUACGUAACGAUAAACAUUAGCAAUAUACUAAUAAAAUAUACAAAACGUAAUAUAUCUAUAAAAAGAUCCGAAUAGAGACUGUUUAGACUUCCGCAAUAAGUGGUAGCGUUUUUCCACCUCUCAUGCACCCCGCCAAAAACGGGGAGAGCCAUGUUAUGCAACCAUGAAAAAUUAUUUUUCAAAUGAUAAUUGAGAUGCUCGUUCUGUAUUGUAAAGUAUUUUUAUGAUUUUACACUUGAUUUCCUAUAUAUGAAUUCCACGUGCAAUAACAAUUUCUAACUAAUAUUCGUUCAAUUGUUUUUGCAGAAAGCAACGUAAAUUCGAUGUUACCGACAGAAGCCGAUGUAGAAUAGUUUUUGUGUGUACAUUUUACAAAACAGCUCUUUGAAUCAUUAAAUCCAUAAAAUUUCAUGCGAUGGGUGUACUUGUCUCUAAGAAUAAAUAUAAUUGAAACCAUUUUCAAGUACAACUGCCUUUCGUCGUUAACUGUACAAAGUUAUUUUUUUAUCCUUUUAAUUUCUAUAAGAGUAGUUAAUCAAUAAAU